AUGACUGAAGACAAUCCAAAAGAGCUCCUGAUCGAGGCCGAGAGCAUGAAGAAGCUCGCCUUCUGCGGCGUUGCCGUCUCGACAGUGGCCACGCUGAUCGCCAUUAUUUGCGUGCCAAUGCUGUGCACCUAUAUGCAGAAUGUGCAGUCGAAUCUUCAGGAUGAGAUCAGUUUCUGCCGUACUCGUGCGUUUGCGCUUCGUGGUGAAUACACUAAGCUGGAACAAGGGCGUGUCAGCCUGAAAGCGCAGCGUGAGCGUGAGAAGCGUCAAGCGACGCACCAAUGCUGUAGUUGUGGAAUUGGGCCAGCCGGACCACCUGGACCACCGGGUCCAGACGGUGAGGACGGUCGUGACGGUAAACCCGGUAAGCCUGGACCGAACGGACCGGAUGCUGAAGAAGGACAGCGGCCAACUGAAGCCGAUUGGUGCUUCAACUGCCCAGAAGGACCACCAGGCCCACCAGGACGACCAGGACCACGCGGACCACGUGGACCACCAGGCGACAAAGGUGAAGAAGGUGCACAAGGACCCGCAGGACCACCCGGACGUCCAGGCCCAAUGGGACCACGAGGACCACCCGGAGAGAUGGGCGCUCCAGGCGAGCCAGGCAAACCCGGUGUACAACAUGAAGUGCCUGGUCCACAAGGCCCACGCGGACCACCCGGAGAAGAGGGACCACCUGGUGAGCCAGGACCUGACGGACGCCCAGGCCGCCCAGGACGCAAAGGACCGCGUGGCCCACCAGGCGAGAACGGCAAAGACGGUACGAAUGGCCUGGAU